AACUGCCAAAGAAAGAUAUCCGUAACUUCGGCCAUUUCAAUCUCUGCCAGACCAUAGAAUUAAUAUACCAACUAAAGCAUCAAUAAUCAUUUUGACGUGGGUUUGCAGGAGGGAAUCAAAGAGAUUAGUUAAUCUUCUUACCAGCUUAAUAUCCAUGUCCAAAAAAAUGAAAGGAUGUGGAUAUUGAUUUAAACCUAAAUAUUCCUUUGUAUCCAUCAUAUUCCUUUUCUUUUAAUCUUAUGCAGUUCAUUGCAUCAAAUCCGUACUGUAACAGUGGGAUUUUACUGAAUUGGUAUUCGGAUAAAACUCAUAAGAGUGUCACCAACUCCUGACUACGUACGAGAGAAGGAAGGAGAAAAUGGCCACGGGAGAAGUUGCUGCUGGCGGGUCUGACAGGCUAACUUUGUCGGGGGUGAUUACGGGCAUAGUUGCUGCAUCUAGUGGCCUCAUUUUUGGCUAUGACAUUGGAAUUUCAGGAGGUGUAACAACGAUGGUACCAUUUCUCAAGGAAUUCUUCCCAAAUGUAUUAAGAAAGGCAUCAGAAGCCAAAACAGAUAUGUAUUGCGUAUAUAAUAGCCAGGUUUUAACAGCAUUCACGUCAUCGCUCUACAUGGCAGGGUUCGCGUCCUCCCUUUUAGCAAGCCGUCUUAUUGCAGCAUUGGGCCGCAAGAACAUCAUAGUGCUAGGUGGCUGCAGUUUCCUUGCUGGUGCUGCCAUUAAUGGUGCUGCUACCAAUAUCACCAUGCUCAUCCUUGGCCGCAUGUUACUAGGUUUUGGAGUUGGCUUCACUAAUCAGGCAACUCCUGUUUACCUGUCAGAGGUAGCACCAGCAAAAUGGCGGGGUGCUUUCAACACAGGCUUCCAAUUCUUUAUCGGCACUGGGGUAUUAAUAGCUGGUUGCAUAAACUAUGCCUCUGCUAAGCUCAGCUGGGGCUGGCGUCUCUGCCUUGGCCUUGCCAUUGUACCUGCAACUACAAUGGUAAUAGGUGGACUCAUUAUCUCGGACACUCCAAGCAGCCUGGUGGAACGUGGCAAAAUUGAGAAAGCUCGAAAAGCGCUGAUCAAGAUCCGAGGAAAUGACAGUAAUAUAGAUGCUGAGCUUACUGAUCUGACGAAGAACAGUGAUGCAGCCAAAGCUUCUCAAGAACCUUUUAAGACCGUAUUUGAAAGGCAGUAUAGGCCUCACCUAGUGAUGGCAAUUGCUAUACCUUUCUUCCAACAAGUAACGGGGAUUAACAUAAUUGCAUUUUAUGCCCCUGUUCUUUUUCAAUCAAUUGGCUUUGGAAAUGAUCCAGCGUUAAUGGCAGCUAUAAUACUUGGAUUAGUGACUCUCGCUUCAAUUAUGGUAUCCACUGGCGUAGUUGAUCGGUUCGGUAGAAGAUUCUUGUUCAUAGUUGGAGGGAUUCAGAUGUUCAUUUGUCAGGUUGCAAUAGCCCUUGUGCUGGCUGCUACAGUAGGCGUUUCAGGCACCAACCCGAUCUCCAGGAGCUACGCUUUAUUAUUACUGUUUUUAAUGUGCGUCUAUACUGCUGGUUUUGGUUGGUCAUGGGGACCUCUAAGCUGGCUAAUUCCAAGUGAAAUAUUCCCAGUGAAACUUCGACCUACAGGCCAGAGCAUAAGUGUUGCCGUACAUUUCGCCGUCACAUUUGUUCUAUCACAAACAUUUUUGGCGAUGCUAUGCCACUUUAGAUAUGGGAUAUUCAUCUUUUAUGCUGUUUGGAUAGCCAUAAUGACCAUAUUUAUCGCACUUUUCUUGCUGGAGACGAAAGGAAUUCCCAUGGAUUCAAUUAAUGGAUUGUGGGAGAGUCACUGGUACUGGCGCCGGUUUGCUCAAGGGAAGCUGCCGAAAAACAGCAAAUAAGGCUAAUUGUCCGGUUUAGGUGGGAGAUAUCGGACAGCUUGCAAUUUUGUUCAGCGACAGGCUAAUAGCAAGUCUUAAGGCAUUGUUAGACCUUAUUUUCAUGUUUCUCGGAUGUUUCUUUUGGAUCUUUUGAUAAAUUGAACGGGAAUUCUUCUAUAAUUUGUAUUAUUCAUUGUUCCUUGUCAAUAAGCAUAAAACCGUACGAGAUAAAUGGUUAGAAGUGGCUGCAAUUCGACUA